GUUUCAUUCCGGAGAAGACAUAUCCGCGCUGGACGAACCGUCGUCGUCGAUUCUCUAGAGUUUUCUGCGGCAGGUUUCUCCUUCGGCGCCUCCGUCGGAUUCUUCGUCGCUAUAGAGGAAGAUGAACGGCGGGCCUUCUGGGUUUCACAAUGCUCCAGUGACGAAGACAAUCGUGGUCGUGAGCGCUUUCCUCACGGUUCUGGCCGGUAUUCAGGGUCGUUCUCUCAGGCUCGGAUUGUCGUAUCAGGACAUAUUUGGAAAGUUCCCACUAUGGAAGCUCAUUGCUUCCACUUUUGCUUUCUCAUCAACACCUGAGAUGAUUUUUGGCCUUUACCUGCUUUAUUAUUUUAGGGUCUUUGAGAGACAAAUAGGCUCCAAUAAACAUACGAUCUUCAUAAUAUUCUCUAUAUUAUUGUCAUUGAUACUGGAGGCUCUAGCUUUAGCAUACCUCAAAGAGACGCUGAGUAAACUUGCUUCUGGACCAUAUGGCCUUAUUUUUGCUGCUUUUCUACCCUUUUACUUUGACAUUCCAGUUUCAUCCCGGUUUCGUGUAUUUGGGCUAAACUUUACUGACAAAUCAUUGAUAUAUUUAGCUGGCCUUCAGCUCCUUUUCUCAUCUUGGAAACGAUCCAUAGUACCUGGUUUAUGUGGUUUGCUCGCUGGGUCUUUAUAUCGCCUCAAUGUGCUUGGCAUCCGCAAAUUGAAGUUUCCAGAGGCAUUUCUAUCAGUAUUUUCACGAUUACCCUUGCCCUCAAGUGGUUCAUCACCAAUCUUGGCAAGAGGGAAUGCUACUGGGAAUAUGCGACCAUAUCCUGGCCAUCAGAUGGAGGAGGGUGGUUAUCCUUCUCAACUAGAACGCAAUCACUCUGACUCAACGGAGGCAUCGAUAGCAACAUUGGUCUCUAUGGGAUUCGACAGGGAUUCUGCAAGGCGAGCGCUCACACAUGCAGAAAAUGAUGUCAACGUUGCAACAAACAUCCUACUAGAGUCGCAAUCAUUGCGAUGAUAUAAUCUUUCUCGCCCAAAAUAUCUCCAUUCUGAACUGGACAAAUUGCUGAAGCGGAUCUUUAGUUUACUCAAUCUUAUUGUUUGUAUUUGGAAGCCCCAAGGGGUUUUAGAACUUGUUUCUGAUGUUUUUGUAAAAAGGAUGUGAUGGCAUAGAUAGGUGGGUUCCUCAGUGAAAUCAUGGUGUUCAUUAAAUAUAUGGACACUCUAUUUUAUUAGGAUUAUAUGUACACUAUUUUUUUUAAAAAGGAUUAUUUAUAUCCUCUAAAAUAAAUAAGUCGCAUGAUGAAUUAA